UAAGAGCAACUCCAAGAGAGAGCUUAAACUAGGUCCUAUUUUUAAAUAUAGGAGUUAAGGCUAUAAUAUAGCUUCCAAGAGAGUUAGUAUUUUAUAAAUUUAAAUGAAAUUCGUAUAGGAGUGCAACACACAGGACGUAAAUAUAUGUCCUUCCCACAGCGGACGUAUUCUCCCUCGCCAACAACCUUUCUUCAUCUCGCGCCUGCAUCCCACACCCACCUCGCUCCCCACUUCCCAGAUAUCUCGUCCCACACGCCGUUGUGCCCGAUCCCUACGGCAAGCCUCGCCACCACCCGCCGGUGCCCCUCAGUCCGCACACACACCCCCGACGGCGUGACCAGCUCUCCACGCAACCGACGAGGCGCGCUCCCUGCGACGGCGUGGCCUGCUCCUCUACCGCUGGCUUGGCCCGCUCCCCUGCGCCGCUGUUCCCCGCUCCUCUACCGCUGGUGUGUCUCGGUCCUCAGCCGCCGCCGAACUGUUGUCCACAGCCGUCGCCGCCAAACAGUUGUACUCACCUGCGCACUCAAAUCCUUUGUGUGGUGGUCCGUGUGGAUGGAUCGAAGGAAACCAGAGCAGACACAGGUAAAGAGCUGGCGUAGGUCUUCGUUAAAUUCUGCCAUAGAUGCGAUUCGUCGAGAUUCUGUAGGUUCUAUGGAUGCUAGAGCUGCUGCACGCCCACAACAUCCAUCUCGAUCCCAGACGAUGGUCGGCAGCAGCGAUCCCUCUUUGAUGAUGGCUGAACUCCCACAAUCACAACUUCGACCCACACCAAUGUCUGGCAUCAGUGAUCCUUCUUGGAUGUGUGAUCAUAGCACUAUGGACUCCCAAGAUGGGUACUUCACUUCUUUAUUGAACCAUGAAGGUGCAAAUGGAUUUGGCCCUGAUGAUUGUUUGGAAGUUGGCAAUGCAUUAGCAGAGUUACCGAUGGCGAAUGAAAUGAACUCACAGCCGAUUAAGAGGGGCAGAUCCAAGAAUUUUAGUGAAGAGGAGGACCUAAUGUUGGUUUCGGCAUAUCUGAAUGUAAGCAAAGAUCCUAUUAUGGGAAGAGAUCAAAAAGAAGGCACAUUUUGGGAAAGAAUAUGGAAAUACUUUAACAAGAACAGGACAUUCGAGUCCGAUCGUAAUUGGUCAUCAUUGAAACAUCGUUGGCUUGCUAUUCAGAAGGAAGUGAAUAUUUUUCAAGGUUACUAUGAUGCCAUAGAAAGGAAAAAUCAAAGUGGCAAGACGAGUGAUGACAAGCUUGCUGAGGCGAAAGCAGAAUUUCGAGAAAAACAACAAGGGAAGGCAUUUUCUGUCUUCCAUGUGUGGAUGAUUCUUAGGCAUGAGCCGAAGUGGAAAUUCAGAGAAUCAAAGCUCAAAGACCACCAUGACGCCAACAAUGGUAAUAGUGAUGCUCCUGUCAAUAUUGAAAGACCACCGGGGAGAAAAUCCGAGAAGGAAAAAGCACGCGUGAGAAAGAAUGGUGCCUGUGAUAUUGAUGGUGAUAAUUUAUUUGAAGAAGUCAAAAAGAUGCGAGAAGCACGAGAAGAGACAGAGAGACACCGAAACACCCGUGAUGACAAGUUCUUUGAGUUGGAAAACAGUAAGCUUGAGAUGGAAAAAAGUAAGCUUGGGAUGGAAAAGAGUAAGCUUGAAUUGGAGCGAGAUCGGCAGGACAAAGAAAUAAUGCAAACAGAUACAAGCAUAAUGGACGACGAAUCAAAACAUUACUUUAAGUUGAUGAAACAAGAGAUUUUGACUCGUCGUUUCGGGAGUACUUAGUUAGUAGUAAUCCUAUAGUUUAUCAGUUAGGACUUAGUUGCUCUUGUUAGUUAGUCAAUUUGGUUUUAGUUCUUCGGUAAGAAUUAGCUGCUCUUGUCAGUUAGUCAGUUUAGUUUUAGUUCUUCAGUAAGCAUUAGCUGCUCUUGUCAGUUAGUCAGUUUGGUUUUAGUUCUUCAGUAAUAAUUAACUGGUCUUCUCAGUUAGUCGGUUUGGUUUCAGUUGUUCAGUCAUAAUAACUUUCAGUGAUUCUCAGGUUGUUCUACUAUUUUUUAUUCAGAACAAUAAACCAGAAAAAACGUUGUUCGUUUGUAACAGCACCAAUAACAUACUCGGACGCAGUAGUUAUCUAUUUUAUAA